CCGACUGUUUAGAGUAGUAGACGUUCAGACACACAGCGAGCAAGUCUUGUGUUCCUUCGUUCCCAUCCUUUUUGAAGUUUUUUCUCGUGUGUUAAUUUUUUCUUUUUCUUCCAUCCAUCAGCUAUCAGUUUCCUAUCCUCUUUUUUUGUCUUACCUUUUUUCAGUUUUGACAAAAACAAAAAACAUUAAAUUCUAAAUUCGUAUUCGUAAUUUUGACUCGAUAUUAAAACACACGGGCUGUUUUUUCUCUUGAUUUCCUUUUUUCGAAAUAUCGUUUUUUGAUUCGCGUUCAUUUUUCUACCUACACGUUUUCCCUCCAAAAUCGUUAUUUUUCUUAAAUCGACGACAAGAGUGUGAGAGUGUGUGAGACCACGCGGGUGACCACCGGCCAUUUUUCCAACACAUCAAAAAGAUUACGCAGCAUCAGCCGAAAGCAUCAGCGACAGAAUGAACGGUUUAGAAAGUCUACCUCAACACGGCGUCCUGACAGCCAAUGGACUCAACCACGUUGCAUCCGUCAAUAAUGUUAGCCACGGAUCGCAGCACAUUGUACCCAAAGAUGACGAGAGCAAGACUAACUUGAUUGUUAAUUACUUGCCACAGACGAUGACCCAAGAAGAGAUUCGCUCCUUGUUCGCCUCCAUUGGCGAAGUCGAGAGUUGCAAACUCAUCCGCGACAAAAUCACAGGUCUUGAUUUUGAGAUCAAUGAUGCAGGGCAGAGUUUGGGAUACGGAUUCGUCAAUUACCACCGAGCUGAAGAUGCCGAAAAAGCCAUAAAUACUCUCAAUGGAUUGCGUCUGCAGAACAAAACCAUCAAGGUUUCGUUCGCCCGUCCCAGCAGCGAGAACAUUAAGGGAGCCAACUUGUACGUCAGCGGCAUACCCAAGACGAUGUGCCAGAGCGAAUUAGAGACUCUAUUUGCGCCUUUUGGACGCAUCAUUACGUCUAGAAUCCUCUGCGAUAGCAUCACGGCAGCCGGUCUGUCAAAAGGGGUGGGGUUCAUUCGGUUUGACACGCGAGGGGAGGCAGAACGCGCCAUCGAAAAGUUGAAUGGCACCGUGCCGCAAGGAGCCACCGAGCCCAUCACUGUCAAGUUUGCCAACAACCCGAGCAAUUCUACCAAGGGCCUAGCUCCGCUGGCUGCCUAUCUACCUGAAUUUUCAUCAGGGGCAGCGGCGGCGGCUGCUGCGGCGCUGGGCGUGAGACGUUUUGGAGGACCUAUACAUCCUACCGGACGCCUUCGCUACAUCCCACUUUCUCCUUUGGCCAGAGGCGGGGCAGCGUGGCAACCGAUGGGCGUCACUGGUGUGAAUGACGGUGUUGGGGUCAAUGAAAUGAGCAUCACCGACCUUUCGGAAGGCGCUCGCACUCCUUCCAGUGCGGGCAAGGCUGUGUUGGCCCUCAACAAGGGGCUUCAAAGGUUUUCACCUUUGGCCGGUGAUAUUUUGGCUUCGCCGUUGCUUCCUGGAGCUGCGGCCGCUGCUGCCGCUGCCGCCGCUGGUGCUGCCAUUCCAGAUGUUUACUUCAAAUUUGAUGAAGGAACAGGUUGGUGCAUUUUUGUUUACAACUUGGCGCCCGACACGGAGGAGAGCGUCCUGUGGCAACUCUUUGGCCCCUUCGGUGCUGUCCAGAGCGUCAAAGUGAUUCGCGAUUUGCAAACGAACAAGUGCAAAGGCUUCGGGUUCGUCACCAUGACCAACUACGAUGAAGCACUUGUGGCUAUCCAGUCGCUCAAUGGCUACACGCUCGGUAACCGCGUCCUGCAAGUCUCUUUCAAAACCGCCGGAUCCUCCACUGGUCGUCCCAGCAAAGCCUAACCGAUUUCACACACUACUACCAUUGCCAGAGCCAGCCACUUACACAAUCACCCACACCAACACACGUACACACACAGAUACACAUACCCCCCUCCCUCCGAUUCGCUUUAGUAGCUGACAACCCCCCUCCAUUCAAAUAACUGAAAUAGAAGACAAGACCCUCCCCCCAUCUGACCUCCCUUCACGGACAUCUCGCACUUACUUCGUCUGCGGGAAUUCUAAAACAAACGAAAGGAAAGAAAUCAUUGUCAUGGAACACCCCUUCCACCCCCCUCAGAAGAAUCACGUCCGAUUGUGGUCGCGUUUCUUUACCUCCUCGUAAAACCUCACCACAAAAACAAACCAAUAAUCUGUUGAAAAUUCCUCUUAUCAAAAAAUCAUCGUUUACAAAGCUAGUCAGCUCUGCUCAAGCGACGUUAUUUAAGAAUUGCAAAAAGUAGAAGAAAAACGGAAGAGAAAACGAAGCAAAAGAAACCGAGAAAAAUUAUGUAAGCGAGAGGUUUAGUCGAGAAGAUUUGCGAAUAAAGUUUUCGCAGUGAGGCAAGAAAUGGAUCUCAACAAAUGUAAAAAAAAAAGGGAAAAUGAAAUUUGAGAUUGCUAGUCACUUGGUUGAAGGACAGAAAAAAAGUCUACCGACUUUUUUGUAUUUUUUUUCCGAGGAAAAAGAAGAGUGAACGCAAAUCGUUUUCACCUCCGUCAACGCCGUGUUCUCGACCAUUCUUAAAAUUCCGAAUGGUGCAAAAUAAUUGAGUUUUGUUUAUCUUUCGUACAUUUUUCUAUCACGCUCUUCCUACCCCCCAACCUGGAAUGAUGUCUCCUUCCCUCGUCAGUUGAAACCUUUAAAAAAGCUUCAAAAUCAAACAACUGACUAUUGGGAAUAAUUCCAAACUAUUCAAGUACCCUUUCACUCCUUAACUUUCAGACGAUAACCCUGCCCUUACUAACUGAGAAUUUAUGUGUAUUUUUUUUUCUCUUUUUUUUUUCUUUGAGUUUUGGAUAUUCAUCUGGAUUCAUUUAUUUCCCCAUUUGGUUUUUUUUCUAUGUCCCCCUACUUGGUUCAUCACUUUCAGUUACACCAAUUUUUUUUUCUGAACUUUCAUUUAUUUCGUUUCGUUCAAUUUUUUUUGUUUUCAUUUAUAUUUUUUUUUCCUGUUUGAAAACACAUUCGUACACGUCAAACACAAACACACUAUACGUUUUACACAGACACGGAACGUACGUCCGGACGUACACGAUAGAACGGAAAUACUCGCAAAAGUCUACUUAAUCGCCAGAGUGCGUCGCGGAAGGGACGUCAGGAUGCGGAUAUUUAGUCGAUACAUUCCUUAUUAUUAACAGAAGUUGACGACAGAGAAAGAGAGAGAGAAAAGUUUCAUAUGUGUUUUUUUUUUCAAGAAAAAAUUACUUCUUUGACGAUUUUUGCGUGUCAUCUUUUUUCAAUUCACUCGUUUACCUCCUGUUUAUCGAGUCGAGUAGCGGUAAAUAGUUUUCUUUUAAUUCCUAUGGUAGCGAGUAGAAAUACGAAAAGGUUUAUUCUUAUUAUUAUCAUUAUUAUUAUAAGUAGUGCUUUCCAUGUUUUCUUUCCUUUUUGCGUCUCUGAAGCGAGCGACAGGAACAAUUAAAAUUUUCUUUCGAAUUUGGAUCGCUCGAUUGGAUCAUUUUCGUCGUUACUUUUUGGGGUUCGCCGUCCGCUCGGUUCCCUUUUCUCAUUUCGUCACUUGUUCGGUUCUUUCUCCCCGCUCUUUUAAAAAACAAAAAGAACCGAGACCAGUAGUGUUUGGUCUACCGUAGUUAUUCAUAGUUUCGUGUAUUUUUAUCAUUCAAUUUUCCCUUCUCAUAAUUUCGAAAAAAUGCCACCUUUUUUGGUCAUUGUUUUUCUUGUCGCGCUCUCGAUCUCCUCUUUCCUCUUUUUUGCGCUCUCCUUUCUCUAGUCAACCCGUCGAAAAUUUUUCUCUCGUUUUUUGAAUUCCAAUUUUUUCGAUUACGUGUAGUUUCUCCUUGAUUUGUCUUUUUAAUUUUGGUCGUUCAAACAACCAACUACUACAUCAACAACAACAUCUAAAGAACAAUCGAAAACUUGGUGAUCCGUUUUCGAAUUUCGCGCCACGAAUGACACGUUGAACGAGCGUUUUGAUGGAAAUUAUUAACAUUAGAAAAAAAUGAAAUUUUGCCGCGAUGCUCAAGUCAACAAACACGCAAACGCGGUGAAUGGAACGUGAAAAGAUCACAGGGAAAAGUAUUAAUAUCAUGAUAAGCUUAAAACAUACAAACAUACAAAAUUCAACGCGAUAUUAAAACUUGGGAGAAAACAGAAAGACAAUGUUGAAUCUAUAUAGAAAUUGAAAAAAUACCCAAAAAAAUCGAAUGCUUGUAAAUAUAAUGAAAUACCGAACAUUUUCGUGGGAAAAUACAUCACCUUAUAAAACAAAA